AUUGAAGAUUGAAAUGCCGCUCUGGUCAAACGUUUUCAUGUGUUCAAUUUUCUUUGUAGCCUUGGUUCAAGCAAGUGAAGCAAAGCGAGGAGUUGUUUCAGAGAGGAAAGAACUCAAAGCGACAAAAACUGCAAACAAACGAAAUACAAUAAUCAAGUGCUGUGGCGCUUUAAAUUGUCUUAAAUUCAAAACAAAUUCCACCAAAUAUCGCUCAUCACCAUCCAUACUAUCCAUACUGCAAACAACAAAUAUUGCCGCAUUGGGAAUUACAAACACACAUUCAACUACACAACCAGCAAGCACCAAAUCACAGUUUGAUGCCCACAAAAUCAGUAAUGCGGAUUUAAGUGAUUCAUCAACAUUUAACGAUGCCAGCACAAAUUCAAAUGAUCAAUCCUCAAUCGAAAUGGUUCCUACAAAUACAUCCGCUUCUGAAUUAAUUUCGUCGGUAAUGUUAGUGUCGAAUGAGGAAAAAAUAAUAUCCGCGUCGACUUUGCCAAUGGAAACCAUUCAAUCAACAAUCGCAGACACAGGAAUUAUCAGCAUCGUAUCAACAGAUUCCACAAGCAAAACAACGCAAAAUGACAUUUUUCAAACAACUAUUCUUCCUGUUAUAUCAACUUCAACCUUUUUAUCAUCAGCAUCAAAAACUUUAGCCCCAACUUCGAUCACAAAAACAAGUCCAACCACAACCAUCAACCCAGCUCUGGUUGGGAAAUGUUCACCGGACACAAACGCCGCCGUCAACCGAUCCUUAUUUGCACCCAACGGUGCGCUUGCAAACCCGAACCAGCACGGGUUCUGGCUGAACGCUUGCGGCCAAACUCUUUUGCUUGGAAAAUCUCUGGUCUCCUGA